AUGACUAAAGCGAGCGGCGUUGAACUAGGUGAUGAGCAAAAGCCUCAGUGUACGCAGUGUCGCAAAGGGGGCAGGGAAUGCCGUCCCAGCGAGGGGAUCAUCUUUCGUCAUCAACAAAAUGCUUCGAUGAACAAGAGUCUCAGUGACUCGUCGACCGGCCGGAGUAAUCUGAAAGGGUUUUACUCCUACAAGAAUACGUUUGACGAGGAUAGUGUCUGGCUCGAUAUACCCAAGGACGUCGUCUUUGUCGAGAACUCUGAUCCGUACGCGGAAGAUCUUGAGACUAGUCUCGAGGAGUCGGAGGCUGCUAUUCUCGCCGCGGCGAGUUCCCAAGCUCAGCAUCAAGGCCUGCAGACGCCGUCGUCUACGGAUGGGGAUACGCGGGGAAUGGAAAAUCUAUCGACACUCGCAGCGGUGAAUCGCUUCUCUCAUUCUCCUCUCGCCGCCGACAGGGGGCCUCGCUCUCUGACAUCGGAUAAACAUGCGCACUUCAAUGAUCUGGUGUCGUCGUUUGUCACUUCUGGGUCGUCGGCCAAUGGCCCCCAACCUGCGUUGGCACCUCAGCCAUCGCCUCCAAUUUCAAUAUCGUCCUUCUCGAAUCCCAACAGCAAUCACAAUAACAGCAACAAUGACAUUAAAUUUAUCUUGAAUCCUUCCCAGACGUUGUCACCACCAAUCGAUCCUAGUAUCCAUCAUGCCCUAGAGCAAGGAGCUUCAAUACCAUCCAGGUCAAUGCUGCCGCGAAGUAUUGCCAUACAGAAACCCGAGGUGCCAGUGGAAACAGACCACGAGAUCAUUUUUCUUCUGAGACACUUUUCAGAAGCGCCAGGGUUAUGGAUGGACCUGUUCGACUUAGGGACAUAUUUUGCGUCCCACGUUCCAAUCAAGGCUCUAACAAACCCGUUGUUGAAGUAUGCCGCCUGCGCAUACUCAGCAAAGCAGCUGGGUCGCGUUAAAGGUGCGAAAGCUCCUUUUGGCGGCGUCAGCGCAAAGCAAGCGUUCACGGAGACAUGGCCGAGUGGAAGAAAUGUAGACUGGUCCUGGUACGGUGCCAAGUACUAUGAGAAGGCCAUUCAGCUCCUGGUCAACGAAUUGCAACCCGACGAAGGUCCUCCGCCGUUGAGCACACCGGAAGCGUUUGGCCAGUGGCAGGCUUCUGAGCUGUCUCACAAUCAUGACAAUUCUCGCAAGCGUAGAAGACAUAAUCGACCUUCUAGUGGAGUUCAUUCGGACGAAGUGCUUGCCGCGACGGCCAUCUUGUCCAUUUAUGAGUUUCUUGAUGCGACCGGGACAGCGUGGAAUAGACACCUGAGCGGUGUCAAGUCCCUCUUAGAUGUUGCAGAAGUUGGCAUGAUGCCACUUGAACAACACCCCUCUCCUGGGGAUGGUGCGCCUAAGCCUCCUAAGAAGUUUGGUCUUUCGAGGGCAAGAAGAGCGACGUUUUGGAAUUUCGCCAGACAAGACUACCUGGCUGCACUCAUUAACGAGACGCAAACGAGAUUGAACACCGAUGACUUGGUACUCUGGACUGAAGCUGGUCUUCAAGUGGACAGCAUGGGAUUCGUUCGCACCAGCAGUCUGAGCCCAGCUGGAUACCCGGAAGACGGCGCCGAUCUGAGAGAGGACCUCGUUUGCAAUGCUCUUGUUUGGAUCCUUUCCAAAAUCGUGAACUUUAUUAGUGCUGGGGACACAUUGCACCUGCCGCAUAGUGGUGGCAUCAGCGCAGCGCCCCUGGGUCUUUCACAACAAGCCCUUCUUGAGCGAUGGUAUCGCCUCAAGGCGGAGCUCGAUACCUGGUAUGAUAGGCUUCCAGCCAGCUUCUGGCCUUGCGCACGAAUCGAUUUAUCCAAGGUUCCGCACCCGAAAGCCGCUGAGGAUGAAGAUGCCUCUUCGCUGUCGGAGAUCUGGUUCAGCAUCCCCAUGUGCUCGUCAGCCAUGCAGCACUAUCACAUGGGUCGCGUUUUACUUCUUAUCAACAAGCCGCAUGAAUCGACCAGUAGGCGGAGCGCAGUCACAAAUAGGCUCAACUCAUAUCGGUCCAUCGAGAACGAAAUUCGCUUCCAUAGCCGCGAGAUCGUGGGCAUCUCACUUGCUCGUCCGGACGGUUCCGUUCGUAUCAACUCUCUGCAGCCCUUGUUCGUGAGCGGCCAAUGUCUCACUGAAGACCGGGAACGCCGGGUGGUCUUGCGGUUGUUGCGAGGGAUAGAAGUUGAUCUUGGCUGGGCCACCGAGUACCGUGUCAAACAACUCCUCAGAGAAUGGGGUUGGGACGAGAGUUCCACCUCGAUCGGACGUUAUUGA